AUGACUAGGGUCACGAAGCAUUCCAGGUGUUUGGAGGUCUGCGAGAUCUAUUAUAACGCAGGGAAGUCUGGGCUGAAGAGUGACAUACCCCGAUGGAUAUUCGAAUUUAUUCAAAGAUGUCCUCAAAUAGAAGUAUUUCGUCUAUGGUCGCCGUCAGGAGACUGCGGUGGCCUUGAUAAUAAAUGUAUUGCUGCUAUGGUCGCUGGUUGGGUCUGCCUUCAACACUUGGAACUUACAGGGGAGGCUAUCACUCUAGAUGGGGUUAUUCUUUUGAAGGCAUGCAGCGGCCUCAAAACUGCGCGCCUCAGCCACAUUAGCCUUGGAGCUAGACGGCGGUUCGAGUCCCCUCAACCCUCGCGCUCCGGCGUAUUAACCAGCCGGCUGUACGAGCUGACGCUCGAUGCGCCGCCCAAUCAGGAGUUCCUGUUUGUACCCGCUAAAAGCAGCAAGAAGAUUGCUCGUGCACAGAAGGUGGACGGAGAAUUGGAGACUUAUGAAGAGCCUCCCUCACCAGGCUGGGCAGAGUUGAAGGCGCAGUGCGAGAGGAUGGAAGAGGAGGACCGUCGGAUCACAUCCAUAGAUCUCACGCACAUCCCUGAGAGCGACACCGAGGCUGACUCUCACGGCCUGCAUGGGAGCAGGAGGCGAAGAGGGAAGGAUGCGGACGGUGUUGUCAUGUACGGUCUAGGCUGGCAGCCCAGCAGGGACGUGGAAAGAUCCAACGGUCCAGAUCACGAGGUGGAGAUCGAGCUUCUUCCUCAGCGCAGUGAGCCUAAGGAGGGAGGAGGAGGAUUGAAGGAGGAAGUAAAGCGCGCAAGGAAGUCGCACAGGCGGCAGCAGUCAUGUCCUACGGACUACUGUCUUGCUGAACAGACUGAGAGGGCAGACAGGACGCAGAGGGAGCGGGUGGAAAGGGUGGAAAGGACGGAAAGAGAUCAAGGGACAGAAGAGAAAUGGUCUACGCAAGGCAGCUUACCUUCUGGCCUGCUGGCAGGCAGCAGUGGCGUGCAGUGGGAGGGCGCGUGCAUGCAGGAGCAGGAGCAGCAGCAGCAGUUGCAGCAUGUGGACGUGGAGAAUAGAAACACCAGUGAGAGAUCUGCGUGGCAGGAAGGAGAGCUCUCUCAGGUGCGGAGCCAGCAGCAGCGGAGGGGCAAGCUGAGCCUCUUUGCCACGUGGCACAGUCGAACUCGCUCACGAGCAGAGGAGUUUCAAUCAGCAGUCAUGAGCCUGUCCCCUCCGCCACCACUACCCUCCUCUCUACCCUCCUCCCCUCCACCAGCAUUCUCAUCCCCCCAGCCACCUUCAAUCCCCCCAGCAACUCGCCACCGCAGGUGCUCUUCUGGGGUGCUGCAACCCACAUACGCGUUGACAGAGGAGCGAUCCACAUACUCAGUAUCGGAGCAGCAGCCCUCACCCUCGCUCGACGCAGGCACGCAGUCAAGCAGAGGAAGAGAGAGUCGUGGCGUGCAGCAAGAAGCACGUCUUUCUGGUCCACUUGGCUCUCGCUUGAAUCCGCACUUCAAGCCUUGCCAGCCUGGCCCACCACAGCAGGGUGCCAGUGACGGCUCAGCUGCUUCUGCCUCGUUCUCUGAAUCACCCUUCCGCCUCCAAUAUCCUUCCCACAAGGAGCGACCCCCUUGCCAGCCCUGCCAGGUCCCACCUGCACUGCUGGGUACGCAUAGCCAGGGGGGGGCGGGGCAGGGUCCAUCUGGCGAGGGUGCAUUCGAGCAGGUGAGCGGUCGCUUAAAUGCACCACCUGGGAAUGCACCUGAGAGCUGGCAGCAAGUGAUGGAGGAGAGGGUGCGAGAGGCCUUUGCCUUGGGGUACCUGGCAGGCCUGCGCGAUGCUGCUGCCCGCGCUGCUGCUCCUCCUGCUGCUGCUGCUCUGGCUGCUGAUGCCGCUACUGGUGUUCCAGCUGCGGUUGCUGCUGCUGCUCCUGCUGCAGCUGCUGGUGCAUCACCUGGGCAGUUUCUACUGAGAAACUCCUCUUCUGAUUCCGGCUACGUCACGUCCCACUCCAGAGAGAGAGCGGCUCAUAGAAUGUGCAAGACCAGCACGGUGAGUGGAAGCUCGCACUGUCAAGACCGCUCCCCCCUGCGAUGGAUGGGUGAGGUACGGAUGCCUCUAGAUUCGACUCAAACGAGCAGCACAGUGAGUGGUGGAGGCUCGCACAGCCAUGGUGGGUCCCCACUGGGAUGGAAUGGGGAGGGGGAGGUACAGAUGCCUCAUCGGUCUCACACUCGCCUCAAGGGUCCUCUACAGGCGCGCAGGGUCGCAUCUGGUCCGCUACAGCCCCGUUCUGGCCCGCUAAAGCCCCGUUCUGGCCCGCUACAGCCCCGUUCUGGCCCGCUACAGCCUCGACAUGGGCUAGUGCUCACGAGCCUGGUGGCGAACGGGGUCUUCCCGGACCCCCUGCACGGCAUUAACACACGCGACUGCAUCCCUGACAUCGCCCACACCGGCCGCCCCUUCUACACCUUCCUCUUCCGCCGCUGCCUCCACCUGCCUUCCAGGAAGGUUCCUGCUGUCCGAUGCUGUCUGGCUCUGCUGCACUGCCAGCAGUCCGGCUCGUCUGUAGCUGCUGCUGGUGCUGCUGGUGCUGCUGGUGAUGGUGGUGCUGCUGGUGCUGGUGGUGCUGCUGGUGAUAAGGGUUGCUGUGGCCGGGGUGACUGUAGUGGGUGUGCUGGGUGUGGGUGUGAGCGUGUUGAGUGGGAGCGAGUGUGGCUGUGCUUCCGUGGCGUCAACUACUCGCUCGCCGUCUUCCUCAACAGCCGCCAGCUCAGCAUCGACCAGCCAGCUGGCAUGUUCCUGCGGCGCCAGCUGGACAUCACUGACGUGGCCAGGAGGGGGGAUAUCGGCAAGGGCCAUUGCAGCAGCAAGGGAUGUAGCAGUGAAUGCAGCAGCAGCAGCAGUGGCUGUGGCAGCAGCGAGAGCAGGAACCACCUGGCAGUGGUGGUGAAUCCAGUGGACCACCCGGGGAACGUGGAUGGGGGAGGGCAGGGAGGCGACCACCAGGUAGCCAAGGAUGUCACAGCUCAAUACGUGGAGGGCUGGGAUUGGAUCAUCCCCAUCCGGGACCGCAAUACAGGCAUGUGGGAUCAAGUGCACGUGGCUGUCACGGGGCCCGUGACAAUUGGUGACCCUCACCUCGUGGCUGUCUUCGCAUCCCAACGCUGCAAUGACACGCACGCAGAUGGCGCGAAGAGGGAGCAUGCAGAUGGAGCCAAUGCGAAGGAGGACGUCACCCAUCCAUCAGCUCUGCCCCACAGCACGCACACAUGCUCGCCUCCUCCUUCCUCCUCCUCCACUCCCGCCCCUCCCGCCCCUCCCUUCUGCCCCUCCUAUGCGUCUCUUCACUGCUCCCUCACCCUCACCAACUCCCUUCCCAUUCCCCUCCACACACGCCUGUCUCUCGAGCUCUCCUUCACUCCCGGCCCUGACCAGAGGGGUGGUGCGGGGGAGUUCGGAAGGGGAGGGGCGAAGGGAUGCGGGGGUGAGGGAGGAGAGGGGAGGGCGGUUGACGGGGGUGAAGGGAGGACGAGUGGGGAGGGGGAGUGGGAGGAGGAGGAGGAGGGGUUUGUGAUGGUGGAGGGAGUGAGGGAGGAGGAGGUGGAGGUACCGGCCUGCAGCAGCAUCACCCACACGUUCCGCCCGCUACUCGUAUCUCGCCCUCAUCUGUGGUGGCCCAACGGCAUGGGGGCACAGUCGCUGUACGGCGUCGCCAUCACUGCCUGCGUGCUGCACCCUCCCCACCUCGCCUCCUGCGACCCCUCUGGGAAAGCCUGCGUCUUAGACCCAGUGGUAGCACCUCACACCACAGCCUCACUGCCACCCUCUGAAAGGAGAGAAGCAGUGGCAGCCAGUGAAAGCACAGCCCCCGGAGCAGCAACGGGCACUGCUGCAGCCCCAGUGGCAGCGGAUGACCCCUUGCCUUUGUCCUCCCCCCCUUCACUACCUCCCUCCUCUGCACCCUCCACCGCACCUGCCUCCUCCUUCUCAUCUUCCUCCUCCUCUGCACACCCCCCCGCACCUGCCCCUGCUUCUUGGAGCCGGUUUCUCUCUCACACGCUGACUCAGAGCCUCGGGCAGGCGAAGAGUUUUGUCAGCUCGGCCUUGUAUGGCGCGGAUGGGGAUGUGGGGAAGGGGGAGAGUGGAGAGCAAGGGGAGGGGAGGUGGAUACAGAGUGACGUGUGGAGCAGCAAGUUUGGAUUUCGACAGAUCGACAGCUAUGUGGAUGAGGGCACUGGCGGCAGGGUCUUUUUCAUCAACGGCUGCCCGCUCUUCAUACGCGGGACCAAUUGGAUCGUCUCGGACGCCAUGCUGCGCCUCUCAGCGGAGCGCUACUGGGCAGAGAUGAAACUCUUCGCAUGUGCCCGGGUGAACAUGAUCCGCGUGUGGGCGGGGGCUCUCAUGGAACGCCCUGAUUUCUACGACGCCUGCGACCGGCUGGGGAUCCUGGUGUGGCAGGAGUUUUGGAUAACGGGCGACUGCAACGGGCGUGGCCUGCCCCCAUCGGACCCCUCAUGGCCUUUGGACCACCGCCUCUUCCUCGCCUGUGCGGAGGACAGCGUCCGCCUGCUGCGCAACCAUGCCAGCCUGGCGCUCUGGGUGGGCGGCAACGAGACCGUGCCUGCUGCCGACCUUAAUGACUCGCUUAAGAGCCUGCUGCGCCCGUAUGAUGCCGAAUCUGACCCAGACCCCUCACUGCUGCUGGACGGCACAAGGGCGUACAUAGAGGGCUCGCUGUGGGGCGGCUUUGCCGACAGCAAGGGCGGCUGGACAGACGGGCCCUACGGUAUCCAGAACCCCGAAGAUUUCUUCUGCCCGGAUUACUACCCGUACGCGUUUAACCCUGAGAUUGGGUCUGUUGGGGUGCCCGAGGCGGAAAGCUUGCGCGUUAUUUUUCCGGAGAGCGAUUGGAGCCCCCCGGUGUUUGGAAAAGGGUGGGAGGAGUGUGGAGGGGAGUGUGUGGAGGAGGAGAGUGAGGGGUGGAAGGUGCAUACGUACAUACCGUAUGGCAUGGUGGGAGUGGAGUCAGAUGGAGGGGGCGAGGUGGAUAGAGGAGGAGCGAGAAGGCAACCAGGCAGGCAACAGCAAGCAGGCGUGGUGCAGCAAGCAGGCAUGAUUGGAUUGGAGCUGGUGGGAGAAGGAGAGGAAACGAGGAUGCAGGAGGCAGCAGGAAGCAGGGUGGAAUGGAAGAGGGGGUCAGUGCGAGUGAAGAACCAGAUCCUCACAUAUGGCCCCGUGGAUGGGCUAGAUGACUUCUGUGACAAGGCCCAGAUAGCCAACUACCUGCAGUACCGCUCGCUGUUUGAGGCAUGGAGUGCGCGCAUGUGGGAGCGGUACACGGGGGUGCUGCUGUGGAAGGGGCAGAACCCCUGGGGGGGGCUGCGCGGGCAGCUGUACGACCACCUGCUGGCCGCCACUGGCGGGCUGUACGGCACGCGCUGUGCCCUGGAAGCCGUGCACGUGCAGCUGGAUUUGCACACGGGGCGAGUUCAGGGCAGGAAGCUGUACGACCACCUGCUGGCCACCUCUGGCGGGCUGUACGGCGUGCGCUGUGCCCUGGAGCAGCUGAACUUACACUCGGGCAAAGUGCAGGUGUGUGGGGUGCAUAGGGUGGUUCUAGGGGUCGCCUUUGCUGUUCCCUGGGCAGCUAUACGACCACCUGCUGCCCCCACUGGCGGGCUGUACGGCGUGCGCUGUGCCCUGGAGCCCGUGCACGUGCAAGUGAACUUACACUCGGGGAAAGUGCAGGUGUGUGUCGAUUCCAUUCUCCUGCACAGAGACUCAGCUUCAGGUGAGGAGGGCACAGGUUCAGGUGAGGAGGGCACAGGUUCAGGUGAGGAGGGCACAGGUUCAGGUGAGGAAGGCACAGGUUCAGGUGAGGAAGGCACAGGUUCAGGUGAGGAAGGCACAGGUUCAGGUGCACCUCCCCCGCCUCCCCGUCUCCCUUCCCCACCCACCCCCCACCGUCUUCCUGCUCCUCCGCCUGCUCCACUGGCCCCACCCCUCCCACCCCUCUGCACCCCUCCCCUCGUCCCCCUACCACACCCGCUCCUCGCCGCACCUGCCACCAUCGCCUUCGCCACCUUUGGGCUCCCCUCUCCUCCCUCCGAUCCCUCCCCCAUAUCCUCUCCCUCAGCACUCCUACCCUCCCGCACCUCCUCCCCCGCCCCUUCCUCCCCUCCCUCCGCCCCCCUGCCCUCCUACGCGUACCUGGGGGACUUCCGAGCCCUGGGGGGGGCCUUCCGCCAGGAAAAGCUGCGCCUCUCCCUCUCCUUUCUCCGCCUCUCCUCCGCCUCUUCCCCAGGAGAGGCAGGGAGGCAUCUGCCUCCCAGUGAGCCCCAUGGAGGGAGGUCUAUCUGGUGGAGGGCGUAUCUGCUGGUGAGCAAUCCUGUGAAGGGAGGUGCGUUGGGUGGAAAGAAUUGUGCAGAACGGCAAGGAGAAGGAGGAGGAGCAGCGGUGGGGGUCACUGGGCCUCGGAAUGACCCUGCUGCAGGGGUGAAUGGAGACGAGAGCGCUGGAGCUGUGGCAUUCUUUGUCAGGUUCAAUGUGCGACGACGGGUGGAUGGCAAGAGGGUGCUUCCUGCAGUGUACUCUGAGAAUUACCUCUCGCUGUUGCCUGGGGAGGAGGUCACUGUGCAGGUGGAAUUUGCUCAUGAGCCUUGCUCUGCAUGUGCUCGAGGGAGUUCCUCCACUGGCUCGAGCUGUUCAGGCGGCAAGUGUGACAAGGGAGUGUUUGUUGAGAUGAGUGGCUGGAAUGUUUGUACGUCUUCUUGUGAUGUCCCUUUGCUGAAACCUUGA